AUGAUUUAAUUAGCGUUUUUAUUAUUUGUUCUAACACUAGGUUAAGACAUCGAAGAAGAAGAACUGUCUAAAAAAAUUGGUGCCUGUUGGAUGAAAACUAUUAAGGAUAUUAAUAAUGAAAAAGACAAUAUGGGCAAAAUUAUUGAAAGUGUAUAAAAUGCUAAUAAGACAUUGAUCUUUCAUAAAAUAUAAAUGUCUAUGAUUUUGUAAUGUGAAUCUUUGAUUGAUAUCAACAAUGAAAAUUAUUUGAGUUUAAGUUACAAAGAUGUUGUAAAGGACUUUGAUUAUAAAUAAUAUAUUGGCAUAGAAUUUAAAUUAACUAAAGAAGAAGAAACCUUAUUGAGAAUUAUCAAGAAGAUGGAGAAGGACUUAGGCGAACUUAACAAAUAAAAUUAAAUUAAAUAAUAAUAUAAGCAGACUUAAUAAGUUGAAUAGGAUUGGCAAGAUGCAUAUAAAACAAACUAAGCUGUACCGACUCUACUUACAAAACCAAACUAUUUUCAUUAUGCAUUCUUUUUAGUGUUGUUCGUUGCUAUAUUCGGUGGAGGUUAUUGGAGUGUAAAAAUGAUAUAAGGAAUGAAAGAUAGCUCAAAUAAAAAUUAAAAUAAAGCAAAAUGAAUUAAUCUUACAUAUUUCAUAUAUAUUAUAAUUAUUAUUUUGAAA